AUGUCUUCUAGAGGGCAUUUUGAAUCUGAACUAAAAAAUUUAUUAUAUAAUCUUCGAAACAAUUGUAAGAUUUCCGCUAUUUCAGACGAAAAUCCACGUACAGUUGCUGAUCGCGCAAGAAAAAAAAACGGUUGGCUAUUAACCGGAAUUGGAUUACUUAAAUGGAAUAUUGAAAGCGAGGCGAAAAUUUUAAGCCUAGAUGAUAAUCCGAAUUUAAUUAAUACUGCAACAAAGUUUAUCUGGAAUUCAACACUUACAUAUCCUCAAAGGCAAGAAUUUGAAAAUUUGGCAAAACAUGCUAAUAUGAUAAACCGAAAUAUAAGGCAAAACAUUGACGACACACAUAAUAGAGUCGCUCAAAUGGAUACUCCCCAAGCUGGUAAUAAUCCCUUGGAAAAUGGCUUCUAUAAUGGAACGAAAUUUGGAAAUAAUGGGUUGGAUUUCUUGUUACCAACCGGAAGUUUGGGGAAUUCAGGAUGGUUAGAUGAUGGGACCGGUCUUUAG